UGAAAUGAGGUGAUUGAAGGCGGAACAUUACAUGUCAUCUAUUGAUCAAGGGCCUUAAUUUGCAUUGGAUUUAGCAUCAAUGAGAUCAUGAAUGGAUGGCAAUGAUGAUUUCUUUAUGGGCAGAUGUAUAAAUUAAGGCUAAGUUGGAAGUUUGGCAUAGGGGUUCCUCUCUGCAGGCGCUAUUUUCAAGUCCAACCUUAAAUGUGGUCAGGUGUGGGCAGUCCAUGGAGAUCUAAACAGCAAGAUCGAUAGUGGGAUCUGAUGCGUUUUCCAAGCCUUUUUCCCUGAAUUUGGAUCCUCAUCAGCAUCUCUCUCUCUCCGUUUCUUCAAUCAGGAAUGACUGAUCUAGCUGGUGGGGCAGGAGGUGAGAUAUAUAGAGAUGGGAGACGUCUAGCGACUUUUGCCAUUAGAAAUAUUCUUUAUCUGUGGGAUCUGAACAGAAACCAUAAAAAGUUAAUGGAUGAAGCCAAGGAGCUCAAAGACACGAGGGAGACUAUACAGAGAAAAAUAAGUAGGUUUGAGAAGCCGGGCAUAGGAGAGUGGAUUCGUAGGGCUUCAGAUAUUGAAAAAGAAGUGAAAGAGCUAGAAAGCAGAUACAACGAAGUAACGCAGCAUAAAUGGAGAUUGCUUUCUCGUGCAAAUCUUAGCAAAGAGAUGAAAGAGAACUGCAAAGAAGUUUGUAGUCAGUGGGGAGAAGGACAAAAGAAGAUAGCAGACCUGGUCUCGCCAGAGCGUGUCACAAGAAAGGGAACACACAAACUAGAAGAAAACUCAUCAUUGCACAAAGUUUUACAACAUGUACUGCAGUUUCUAAAUGAUAAAAAAAUAAGAAGAAUUGGAAUCUGGGGCAAGGUGGGAACUGGGAAAACCACGGUAUUGCAGAACUUGAAUAAUCAUGAAACAGUUGCCAAAAUGUUUGAUAUGGUCAUCUAUGUAACUGUCCGAAAAGAGUUGGGAGAAAAAGGGGUGCAAGAUGAAAUCCUAAGGCGGCUACUAUUGGAUGUAGAUGGUAAUGCAGAUGUUAAUGUAGAUGCUUGGAUAAUAUCUGAAGAAUUGAAGGGAAAGAAGUGUUUGAUUCUCUUGGAUAAUGUACCGGACUGGAUUGAUCUAAAUAGAAUAAUGGGAAUCGACGAGAACCCGGAUAGCAAGGUAGUGGUCGCGAGUAAAUAUGAUGUCUCCAAUAGCUGUGUGAUGAAGGUUGAUGAGCUAGUUAAAGUGGAGCCAUUGUCACAUCAUGAAGCUUGGAACAUGUUCCAGAAAAAAGUAGGUGAUUACAUUUCUAAUCCCAAAAUUGCACCACUGGCGAGGGGUGUGGUUAAAGAGUGUUAUGGGUUGCCAAUGCUGAUACACAGACUAGCAAUAGCCUUCAAAGAGAAGGGGCAAAAUGAAGUGCUUUGGAGGGAUGGAUUGGAACGGUUGAAAACAUGGGACAGUGUCAAACUCGAUUACAUGGAUGAAAUGCUGGUACGCUUACAGAUUUGUUAUGAUGAUUUGGAAGAUGAUGAACAGAAGGUUUGCUUUUUGUAUGGUGCAUUGUAUCCCGAAGAAAGUGAGAUACAUGUAGAUUACUUGUUAGAAUGUUGGAAGGCUGAAGGUUUUAUUGGUAGUGCAAGUGCUUUCACAAGGGCACGCUGGAGUGGGCAUCGGGUACUGAAUAAGCUUAUCAAGGUAUCUUUGCUGGAGAGAAGUGAUGAAAGUAAAUGUGUUAAGAUGAAUAACUUGUUUCGGAAAAUGGCGCUCAGGAUCUCAUCGCAAAGUACAAAUUCCAAAUUUUUAGUGAAGCUACCUGAGGGGUUAGAAGAUUCCCCAAAGAAGGAAGAAUGGGAACAAGCCAGUAGGAUUUCUUUGAUGAAGAGCCGACUAAGAACUUUACCCAAAACUCUAAAUUGUUCCCGUCUGUUAACAUUGUUGCUUCGAAGUAAUAUGGACUUAACUUCCAUUCCUAACUGGUUCUUCAAAUCGAUGUCCCUUCUCCAAGUUCUAGAUCUCCAUGGCACUGGGAUUGCAUCACUGCCUCCAUCCUUACCCUCCUUGAUUAACCUCAAAGCGCUCUAUUUAGAUUCCUGCUCUGAGUUGAAAGAAAUCCCAUCUAGUGUCGAAAAGCUUGAGCAUCUUGAGGUGUUGGAUAUUCGAAAGACCAAACUUAAUUUACUUCAAAUUAGAAGUUUAGUAUGGUUGAAGUGUUUGCGAUUAUCAUUGUGUAAUUUUAAUACGGCAAACUAUGCUGAAGCACAAGUGUCAAGGUUUGAUUUGUUGGAGGAAUUGACAAUUGAUGUUGGUUCAUUGGAAGAAGGGUGGGACAAGAUUGUAGUUCCAGUAAUAAAGGAGUUAGUUAAGUUGAAAAAAUUGACUUCUCUUCGAUUUUGUUUCCCUAAAGUAGACUGCCUUGGCUUAUUUGUUGAAGAAAGCCCGGUGUGGGAGCAUCCCGACUUGACAUUUCAUUUUUCUUUUGGUUACCAUGACUCAGACUUUGCUCAAAUUCUCGAGUCUAUCGAUCAUCCAGGCCACAACAUCUUGAAGUUGGCUAAUGGUGAUGGUGUAAAUCCUAUAAUCAUGACGGUGCUAAUGAAAACCAAUGCAUUGGGACUAAUUGACUACAAAGGAGUUUUUAGUCUAUCGGAUUUUGGCAAUGAGAAUAUGAAUGGGAUAUCUAAUUGUUUGAUUAAAGGAUGCAGUGAAAUUAAGACCAUUAUCCAUGGUAAUGAAAUAUCAGAGGCUGUGUUACAAUGGUUGGAAAAUUUGCACAUAACCGAUGUCCCAGAAUUGGAAAACAUUUGGCAUGGGCCUGUUCAAGCUGGAAGCUUGUCUCGAUUGACAACUGUGACAUUAAGUCAAUGUCCGAAGUUGAAGAAGAUAUUCUCUAAUGGUAUGAUCCAACAACUUGUUAAACUGAAGCACUUGAGAGUUGAAGAAUGCCAUGGAAUUGAAGAGAUUAUCAUGGAAUCCGAGAAUACACAACUAGAAAACCAAGCACUUCCAAAGUUGAAGACCCUAGUACUCUUUGAUCUUCCAAUUCUAACAAGCAUCUGGGUUGAAAAUUCAUUAGAGUGGCCAUCUUUACAAGAAGUUAAGAUAUCUAUGUGCUUCAUGUUGAAUAGUUUACCUUUCAACAAGGUCAAUGCAACCAACUUGAGAUCCAUUGAAGGGCAACAAUCAUGGUGGGGAGCACUAGUAUGGGAAGAUGAUGCCAUUAAAGAAAGAUUACAACCUCUUUGCAUCCUCAACUAGCUCCUUUGAUUUCAUUUCCUAUACUGCGGUUUUAUUGUAAAGCUAAUCAGGAUAGUUGCUACUGGUGAGACAAAGUAAGUUUGUGUGCAGGAUUCAAAAACUUUGGCAUGCACUUGCUUGAGAUUUACUAUCUUUUUCUUGUAUUUGUUUGAGAUUUGAUACUUUGGGUUGUGUUUGUUUAAGAUUUGCUACUUCAUAUUGUAUUUGUGUAUGAUUGCUUCUU